AUGACCACGAGCACGAACAUGAUAAAUGGGCUGCGCCAGAUCGCUUGGGAGGCCCUGCCGGCAACCUUUCAGGACGCAGCCACAGUUGCACGGAGCCUGAAUUACCGAUACCUCUGGAUCGACUCACUUUGCAUCAUCCAAGAUACAGAUGACUUGUUUGUCCAGCUGCGGAAAAUGCCCGACAUCUAUCAGAAUGCUGUGUUGGUCAUUUCCGCCGACUCGUCGAUCAACACUGUCUCCGGAUUUCUCACCAAGCCACGACAUCCCACCAAGAAGAUCCCCGCUCGCUCGACACGCGGAUCCUUCGCUCGUUUUCGUAAGGCAGCUGAUGGCCCAGAGCUUCUCUUCAACGACCUAUCACGUAUCGGUGUCUCCCAUCGAUUCUUCAUGCCGAGGGGCGACAACGGCAUGGUUCGCGUCCCCAAUUCGCAGGAAAUGGCCGCCAGAAACGUUGUCUUCGAGCGGGCGUGGUGCUUUCAGGAGCGACUGCUGGCCAGCCGCGUCCUGCAUUUCACCGCGGACGAGUUGGUAUGGGAGUGCAGGACUGGAUCAGAUUGCGAGUGCGGGUGGAUGAGAAAUGCCACCAACGCCCUCGUGGGCGAGAAAUGUCGUACUCUCAAGGAGGAUUUCCACCGACCGAGGAGGGAGAACACGGGUAUAUACAACUUGACGGGGAAUUCUGCUUGGGACAGAUGGAAGCAGAUUAUUGCAACUUACUCCGCCUGUAAGUUGACCAAAGAUGCCGACAGGCUACUCGCAAUCUCCGCUGUGGCAAGACAACUACAGUCCGAGGAAUUGGGAGACUAUUACGCCGGGCUCUGGGCAAAUGCGUUCCCCGGCUGCUUGUUAUGGUGUUCCGCAGAUGAGCCCAGUGAAUAUGAUACGCAAACUUCAGCCGUCAUCGCCGAUUAUGCAUCCAGAUCACCGCCGCAAAUUCGCUCAGCCGCUACAGAGUCGGCGCUGAGGCAGUCCGCAACUCCCACGCAUUCGCGGCCAGUCGAGUACGUGGCACCCAGCUGGUCCUGGGCUUCCGUGAAGGGACGUGUACAGUUUCGUCUCGAGAGCCGACUUUCGUUCUCGAAGAUUUUGGACGUGCACGUUCAGCCCCGCAGCGGCCAUGAUGUCUAUGGUCAACUCGAGUCGGCCUCUCUUCUCCUCCAAGCACCGGCCGUCGCGGCCACACUUGAGCUCUACCAUCCGAAGGUGCAAUUGGCCCGAGAGCUCUCGGCCCUCGAAGCGUGGGUGGUGAUCAACGCCGACUGUCAGGGUACUGUCUUCUUGGACGCUUGCAAAGCACCCGAGGGCCAUACGUCCGAAGAACGAGACGUCGUCUGCGUCUUCUUGGACUCCCCCCGAGCGCAUCACGGCCGGCCAAGCUACCAGGCCUUGGUGCUGGAGCGAUGUGACAGCCCGACUGGCGCGUAUCGUCGAUUUGGGAUGGCCGAGUUUCCCUUGACCGAGGCGCAGAAGGCCGAGUUGAACGCGACCGAACCGAAGAAUGAGAGACACCACCUUGUGGCAAGAGUACCUACCUUCCUCACCAACCAUGGAGCAAGGAUGCAGGAGAUCCGGAUAAUUUGA